AAUCAAUGUCUGGAUACCAAUAGGUGCAUAUAUAAGCCAAACACUCGCUCUGUGCUACCACUGGAACACAGAAACUGUACGGACAAAUCGAAAUCCUCUCGUCUCGUUGAUUAGUAGGUAUGGGGGUAUACUUAAGUACGCCUAAAACGGAUAAGACGUCUGAGGAUGGAGAAAACGAGAAACUAAGAUAUGGAGUCUCAUCUAUGCAAGGGUGGCGUACAUCAAUGGAAGAUGCUCAUGCUGCUUUACUUGAAUUGGACAACUCCACAUCUUUCUUUGGUGUUUAUGAUGGCCAUGGAGGUCAGGCAGUUUCUAAGUUUUGUGCCAAGUUUCUUCACCAACAAGUACUCAAUCAUGAAGCUUACUCUGCUGGUGAUGUAGGCACUGCUGCCCAAAAAUCUUUUCUCAGAAUGGAUGAGAUGAUGUGCGGACAACGUGGCUGGAGAGAGCUAGCGAUAUUAGGAAAUAAAAUUGAUCAGUUUAGCGGCAUGAUAGAAGGACUCAUUUGGUCACCGAGGAGUGGCAAUUUAAAAGCUAUGGAGGAUAAUUGGUCUACUGAGGAGGGACCACACUCUAAUUAUGAUGGACCAGCGUGUGGUAGCACCGCUUGCGUUGCCAUCAUCCGUAACAACCAACUUGUUGUAGCAAACGCUGGCGAUUCUCGUUGUGUACUAUCUCGUAAGGGUCAGGCAUAUAAUCUUUCGAAAGACCACAAGCCCGAUCUUGAAGUUGAGAAAGAAAGGAUAUAUAAAGCCGGUGGGUAUAUUCAUUAUGGUCGAGUAAAUGGGAGUCUAAACUUGGCUAGAGCAAUUGGUGACAUGGAGCUGAAAAGAGAUAAAACACUUCCACCUGAAAAGCAAAUUCUAACUGCCAAUCCUGAUAUAAAUUCGGUUGAGCUAUGCGAGGAUGAUGAUUUUCUUGUUCUUGCCUGUGACGGUAUAUGGGAUUGCAUGUCAAGCCAGCAACUGGUAGACUUUGUUCGCGAACAAUUAAAAACUGAAAGUAAGCUAUCAAAAGUUUGUGAGAAGGUAUUUGAUAGAUGUUUGGCACCCGUUUCUGGUGGUGAAGGGUGUGAUAAUAUGACCAUGAUCUUGAUCCAGUUCAAGAAACCCGAAUCUGGUCCAUCUACAUCACAACUACCAGAUUCAUCUAAUGGUCAAGAAGUACCAGAAUCAAACUAGCUGAAUAUGUAUUUUGUAUAGCGGUUCGAUAGAAAAUCUGGAAUGCCAAUUCUGGUGCUGGACUUGACUACUGGUACAAUCUUUCUGCUUUGCCUUGUUAUUUGCACCUUGAACGCCUUAUAUUGGAUCUGGUCAUUCAAGCAUUGGAAAUGUUUGUGUCUAUUUGGGGCAUUUAACCAUUAUAGCUUUGAUAGUUAACAAUUGUUUGUAUACGAAACCUUUUGUUCUUGAACUCCAUUUGGCACUACUUGCAUAUGAAGAUGGGGACCGUAGGAACUCACAAAUGGUAGCUAUUGCCAAUUGCAUCACCACUUGUACAUAACUUUCUAUAAGCUUGGUGUUUUUGACUCGAAUAAUUUUCCUCGAUGAAAAGAGUAUAGAAUGGAGCAAACUUUAGGUGGUGUUUGUUUUUAA